AACCCGAAAUUUCCCCUUUUUGAAAAAUGGAAAAUCAUUUAGCAGAUGAGAAUCUUGAGAGUAGAGGAAAGGAAAAUGUUAAUCAAAUCUUUGCCUACCCUUAAUCCCAAACGCAAAUUUCGCGGCUUUUCUGAAAAACCAUUACUUUUAUCCACUUACCACCCUUCUCUCAUCUUCUCCAAGCUUAGCUUCACUUCUCUCAAGUGUCACUACUGCAAAAACGAAAUUGCAGAUAAACCCACUAAGUGGUUUUCAGCUUUGCCAUCCGUUGUUCCAUGGGAGACAGGGAGUUUAUGGAGUACUCUAGCAUUUUACAUGUUCAAUUUGCACAUUCCUUUGGGGUAUGGUGGCAUGUCAAUUAUUGCAUAUAUAUUGCAUCAAACAGUUCUUGAUCCACAGACUCAGGCACUUUCACUAUUUGUACUGGAAAGUUUGGAACUCACUGGGACUUUUCUUCUACUAAGGAGCAUCCUCAAGCCAAAGCAUGGGCUUUUAAACUUAUACAAAGCUAGCAAGUUGCCAAAAGAUAGGAACUGGCUGUUAGCAUCAGCAUUGGGUUUUACAGUUCUUAUUUUCUUGGUUUUCCUUACCUCCAUCCUUGCUGACAGGUUUUAUGGGACAAAGGAUGUAAACAACCCUGUACUGAAAGAAAUGCUUCUCAGUAGUGAUGUAGCAAAAGUUGCUUGUGUCCUUGUUUACUGCAUCAUUGCUCCCCUCUUAGAGGAAACAGUUUACAGAGGAUUUCUGUUGAGAUCUCUUGCCUCCAGAAUGAAUUGGCAGCAAGCUGUUGCCAUUAGUGCCAUCAUCUUUAGUGCAGCUCACUUUUCUGGUGAGAACUUUUUACAGUUGUUCAUCAUUGGAUGUGUCCUUGGAUGCUCUUAUUGUUGGACAGGUGACUUGAGUUCUUCCAUUGUGAUACAUUCUUUGUACAAUGCCUUGACAUUGAUGAUGAGUUUACUGUCUUAAUACUCUGGAUAUCUUUUACCUUUCUCUGGAUAAUUUAAGUUUCCCUCCCUACCUACAGUGUUCAGUAGUUAAACACAUUUGAUGGUUAGCUAAGGCUUUGUUUGGUAUGGUUGUGAUUGUUGGUUUUUAAUUUUGGUUUUCGAAAUUCAAAUAAUUAAAUUUAACAAAU